AUGAAGCGACAUCGCAGACCGACAAGUGCCUCCGCACUCCGUCAGCCAGGAGAACAAGGAUGGGGGUCUAUCUCUGCCAUCCGAGCCGCCAAGGCCCUACUCGUCGUCUUCAUUGCUGUCAUAUUGUCGAGAUCUUUCCCGCACGCUACCACAAGCACCAACAUCCUCUGCUCAUCCCACUUCCCGCUCUUCUGCCAGUCUGAGGAUGGAUAUAUUGGCAACUUUUUUUCGAAUGUCCAUUCUCCAAGUUACGGUAGCCGCUCCGCCGCAAGAUACUACCCCUCGCUGAUGAAUAUACAGAGCGAAGCUCUGCGACUAUUAUUGGACGUCACACACGAAAACUCAGGGGUAGCCUUGGAGUUGGUGAACCUACGGAUAGCCACAUCGGACUUGUGUGCGGUAGUGAGUGCGAGUGACUUGAGAGAUAGAGAAGUCGUGUAUACCACCUUGCGUGGUGUCGCUACCGACAUACAAGCCCUAGGACGUCGGCUGACGAGGUCUAGGGCUCAUAUUGAUGGAUUUGCAGACACAAGCAUUCUCGCAGUUAGCGAAUUCUCAGCGCGCUCAAUUCAGGCAUCAACUACGAAUCGGAACCACGACUCUGAUUCCUCUCCCUAUACCAAGCCGCAUGCGUCAUCAAAAAUCAUAGCAAAGACUUUCCAAGACUUCCUCGAUACCCUUUCACUCCGUACCCAAAAGCUGCUCCUAGAAACCAGUGAAACAUCGCUUGUGCUAGGCAGUCUUGAGAGGCGCCUAUCACUCAUACAAAACCUCAUGUACCAGAGCUCAGCAUCACUUCACUCAGUCACCAAGGACGACGUAUUGGCCGCUUUGUGGGAGGAAUUGACUCGUGGGCGCGCGGAUUCCCCGAACGUGAAGCGCCAUUUCGCCACACUCGCUAGUGCAAGCUCUUCAUUUCGAUUUGCCAUGGAGUCGUCGGCGAAGGUUUAUGGGUUACUGCACGAACUAGAGCGUAAUACUGCCAUGAUGAGGGACAUGUCCAUCAAGUCAAACUCCAUGGAGGGUAUGAAGGAAGUGCCGACCAGGUUGCUCGUGCAGAGCAUCGAUAGAGCCGCAGAACGGAUUCGUGCAGCACAGGAUGCUGCUGACGCAGGGGAGAAAGACCUUAUAGCUAGGUGGCAUGGAGUUGAUUUAACAUGA